AUGUCAGAAACGUUCAUCCAGGAAAGACUCGAUUCUCUCUACGAGAUCGACUGCAAGAUUGUCUCCUUGCUAGACAACAUAUCUACGCUCUUCCAGACCUAUAGCAGCAGCGAUGGCGAUGUCAAGGAGUCGUUUGCGCUGCAGACAGAAGAAAUCUACAGCAUUUUGAGCAAAGUGGCAAUUGAUCUUCGUAAGGAAGUCAAGGUUAUGGACGAUAACAUUGGAGUCUACGACAAGAACAAAGACGGAGUCAUGAUAUUGCCCAUUGGAGUAGACCAGAAGAACACCACACUUGGAAGGAAAAAGCUUAACGAGGAAUUGAAGGAAUUAGAAGGCUUAUUGCCACCCGUCAGCAAGAGCAACGAAGAGGAUAUCAGUAUGGCAGAUGCUGAACAAUCAGUAGAAAUAGAAAAGAAUGCUGAAGAAGAUAAGACACAAGUAAAGAAAGAAGCUGUUCAAGAGUCGAUAACAGAACCAGAAAAAAGCAAUCAAUCAACAAAUGAAGAAACUAAAGAAACUCAACCCGACCAAAUAGAAUCAAAGGAUGACAUCAAACAAGAAACACCAUUCAAUGAAAUCAACAUUCCAAAGGAGUCGACUUCGGAACCAGAACUUGGCCUUGGCGCCGAUAUUGACAUCGACAUGGACAACAAUGACAAUAAUAACGAUGAUAAUAGCAAUGUAGAUGAUCUUUUUGAAGAUAUACUAUGA